UUGACUUGCCUCCCUUUGUUCUUUAGGUUUUCUUGGUGCUUUUGCCAUGCUCAGUUUGUCAUUCGGCGACAAGUUACAACUUGCAUCUGCUUUGUUGUGCCUAAUGGGUGGUAGUGCUGCGCAGGCAGUAGCAGAUGUUACUAUUGAUGCAUGUGUCACAGAGAACAGUAUAAGCCAUCCUUCUCUUGCCAGUGACAUGCAAAGCUUGUGUGGAGUAAGCUCUUCAGUGGGGCAACUGAUUGGGUACACUCUCAGUGGCUUUUUGGUUCAUCUAAUUGGAUCUAAGGGAGUGUUCGGAGUUUUAAGCAUUCCAGCUGCGCUGGUAAUUUUGGUAGGAAUGAUGCUGCACGAACCGUUUAUACACAAUGUUGCAUACAGGCAGGUAGGUCAAAAGUUCUUGGAUGCUUGUAAGGCUAUGUGGAUGGCACUGAAAUGCGAGAAUGUGUGGAGGCCAUGUCUAUACAUGUACAUUUCCCUUGCAUUGAGUUUGCAUAUUCACGAGGGAAUGUUUUACUGGUAUACAGAUGCAAAGGAUGGCCCAUUGUUCUCAAAGGAGAUUGUAGGUACAAUAUCCUCUGUUGGUGCAGUAGGCUAUCUUCUCGGAGUUCUCCUCUACCAGAAUUCUUUUAAAAACCAUCCUUUUCGUUUCGUACUUUUUUGGUCUCAGCUAUUAUAUGGCGCUUCAGGACUGCUGGAUUUGAUAUUGAUAUCACGAGUAAACCUGCAGUUUGGAAUCCCUGAUUAUGUUGUUGCUGUAUGCGAUGCAGCAAUUUCUCAUAUGAUCGGGCGUCUCAGAUGGAUGCCUCUUCUAGUACUCAGUUCAAAGCUUUGCCCUUCUGGCAUUGAAGGAACUUUCUUCGCUUUGCUAAUGUCAAUUGAUCAUGUUGGUAGUCUCACAGCAUCUUGGGCUGGAGGCCUUUUACUUCACACCUUGAAUGUCACAAGGACUCAAUUUGACAACCUUUGGAUAGCAGUAGUUAUCCGGAGCAUUUCGAGGGUCCUUCCAAUUGGCCUUCUAUUUUUGGUGCCAAGCAGUGAUCCCACUGCUUCUAUUCUACCAACUGAGAUGUUGAAUAGGAAAAAGGGCGACGAUAACUUGGGCGCUCAAAAGCUGGAGAUGACUCCACUAGUAACCAAUGUCGAUCAACAUUUAGUGGAUUCAUAAGUGCAAUAGUAGGGAAAGUAAACUCCACCAUUCUGGUGUGCAAAUGUGUUUUGUCUCUCCUACAAGAAAUAUGGAUCUACUAGCUUUCUGGUAAAGAAGUUAGAGCACACUGAACAAAGUUAUUUACCUGGUAUGGCUCAACUUGAUGUUAACCAUUUGUAUUUUGUACCAUUCUAGCAAAUGAGUCUAUCGGAAACAGCCUCUCCGCCCGUCCAGGGGAGGGGCAAGGCUGCGCAAAUCUCACUCUCCCCAGACCCAACUUGUGGGAAUACACUGGGUCGUUGUUGUUGUUGUUGUUACCAUUCUAGCAAAUGACCUUGUAAAUUUGUUUUUAUGAAGUAGUACUUGUGAAUCCAGCUCAAGAAUUGAAACAUGCUACUGUGGUUGGCUCUGGUAUUGUUGUGAUUUCGAGGAUAAAAAGGAAUCAUUUUCUUGGCUCUGUCAUUUUUCUUUCCUGCCACAACCUACGGACCACAGGCUCGGUUGUCGAGACAUUCUAUCGGGGGCCUGAUGCCUGUUUUUAUAUGCUUGUAAAGAAUAUGCUAAUUUGUAUUCUUUCCUAUAAAACUUUUGAUUUUGAUAAGAUGAUUAAGCAUCAGUA